AACAAGAAUAUGAAGUUUCUUUCUCUCCACCUUCCCCAUUUUCUGUAAACUUGUCAGAAGAAUGUGACAAUGAAAUAUAUAAUAAUAAAGAGUUUGAACAAGAGGAAUUUUCACUAGAAUAUUUAAAUGAAAUACUUAACAAUAACGAUACUAACUUUGAAAACUUUAAAAAAAAUAAGAGAAAUAAUCAUGAAAAAAUUGAGAAAGAAGAAAUUAUAGACUAUUUGGAAACCACAGAACUUACACCAUGUGUAGUUAUUGAUUUCGUUAAAGUUGACAGAGAUGCAAUUAAAGAGGUUGAUGGUGUUUUGUCAAG